UCGUUAUAUUUUCUUCCCUUUUUUAUUUUCGUUAUUAAUUUCUCUCAUUCUCCCUCCUUACUCUUCCUCGUGAAUAUUCUUACCUUCUCUCCCUCUCUCUCUCUCAUGUUUUCUGCGCUUAUCAUUACAUAUUUACAAUCAUAAUUUCAAAUUCCACUUCCUCGAUCUACAUUCCCUUCAUUUGCUAGGGUUUCUAUUCAAUUCGAUCUUCCGCCAUUGCAGAAUAAUUCAUUAUGGGGACGUCUUUGCUCAUCUUCAAAAUCAACAUUGCAUUAUAAUUCAUUGCAUUGGAAUCAUUAUUUAAGGAGUUUUUCUUCCAAUGAAUGGGCGAUGACCUGGAAAAGGACACAAAAAUGGAAGUUAGAUUGGAUGGUUUUCCGCAGGUGAGGUAUGGUAAGAUUCCGGUGCUGCCUGUGGUUGAAAGAACAAGACUUAAUGGCUGUUUUGUCAAGGUUUGUUCCAGCAUUGUCUUGUGGACCGUUGUAUUUCAGCUUCUUGUCUAUGGAGUGCUAUGGCAUCCUCAUUUCCUCAAUAAUUUCUCCCAUAAAUUGUAUCCUGUGACUGCCGUUCUUCCGUCUCCUCCACCUCCUCCUCCAAGAAACUACACAAGUAAUGGUUUUCUGAGAGUAACUUGCAAUGGAGGCUUAAAUCAAAUGCGUGCUGCGAUAUGUGACAUGGUGACAGUUGCUCGGUUCUUAAACCUUACUUUGGUUGUCCCAGAUCUAGAUAAGACAUCCUUUUGGGCAGAUACAAGCGACUUUGAGGACAUCUUUGAUAUGAGACAUUUCAUUGAUUCCCUAAGGGAUGAGGUCCGGAUCAUUAAGAGGCUACCAAAAAGGUACGGGAAGAAGUUUGGAUUCAAUCCGCUGGUUAUGCAACCUAUUAGCUGGUCCAGUGAAAAGUAUUAUUUUCAACAGAUUCUGCCACUUUUUGAGAAGCAUAGAGUCAUACAUUUUAAUAAAACAGAUGCACGUUUAGCAAACAAUGGACUUCCUCUUGAAAUUCAGAGACUCAGGUGCCGUGUUAAUUUUCAGGCUUUGAAAUUCGCUCCUAAAAUUGAGGCUCUGGGAAAGAAAUUGAUCCGUCUACUUCAAGCAAAGGGACAUUUCGUUGCGUUGCAUCUGAGAUAUGAGAUGGACAUGCUAGCUUUCUCAGGAUGUAAUCAUGGCUGCAGUGAGGCGGAAGCUAAGGAGCUCAAGCGGAUGAGGUAUACAUACCCAUGGUGGAGAGAUAAGGAAAUCAACUCUGUGGAGAAGAGGACUCAAGGUUUAUGUCCUCUUACACCGGAGGAAAUAACUUUAAUUCUACAGGCGCUGAAUUUUGGUAACAACACCCAAAUAUACAUUGCUUCUGGAGAAAUUUAUGGUAGCGAAAGAAGACUUGCAGCUCUGCGUGCUGCAUUUCCUAGUAUUAUUAAAAAGGAUAUGCUACUUGAUCCGAAUGAUUUGCGGCAGUUCCGUAAUCAUUCUUCUCAAAUGGCAGCAUUAGAUUUUUUAGUUUCUGUUGCCAGUGAUAUAUUUGUUCCAACUUAUGAUGGAAACAUGGCAAGGCUAGUUGAAGGUCAUCGCAGGUAUCACGGUUUCAAGAAAACCAUUUUAUUGGAUCGGAAAAGACUUGUUGAGUUAAUUGAUUUAUAUCAGAAUGGGACGCGUUCAUGGGAUUAUUUUGCAGCUACCGUCAAGAUGAUACAUGCUAACCGGUCAGGUCAACACAUACACAGGAAUGUUAUUCCGGAUAAACCAAAGGAGGAGGAUUAUUUUUAUGCCAAUCCCCUGGAGUGCUUGUGCCAAGAUCCUUAUUGCAACGAUUAUAUUGUCUCUCGUAACAGCAGUGUUUUACAUUGAAGGUUUUACGAUAAUCUUUCCCUAGUGUAUCUUACGCAAUUAACAAGCUCGAGCCAGUUCAUAAGGUCCCAAUGGAUAAGUUAUCAAAAACCUAUGGUCUGCUAAUUUUGAAAAGCUUUGAAUGAAUGGCCCACUGAUGUGAAGAUGUCUCGUAAGUUGACAAGUGAAGUACGAGCAGAGAAACAUGAAUUCUCUUUUGUGCAAGUAGUUGUCAUGCUUGCUGCCGCAGGUGGAUUUAGUCUCCAUGAAAUAUUGGAGAUUGUCUCACCAUGAUACAUUAGCUUGAUACUUGAUAGUAUUGUUGGGCAUAGAUUGUCCGUGAAGUUAGACUAGGCAUAAAUUAGUUUCAUUCUGCAAAAGCAGUUUGAUCUCUCAUUUCAACAUCUUUCUUUACCCCCAACUUAGCUUUAGCCGUGCAGUAGAUUUAUACAUCUUUUUGCCCCCUCCCUUUUCUCUUUGUUUUGUAAAGUGUAAUUCAUUUUUCAAAUCAAUCAAACGCCAUACAAGACCAUUUGAAAUCUAAGUUUAUUCUGGGAAUAAUUUUCUCUGUUGAAGUUAUGGUCAGAUAUAUGAUAAUUGUUCAUGACUGAGAAGGGCCAUUUUUGCCAUAAUCGCCUGACGAGCAGUUGUUGUAGUAACAAUGAAUACAG